GCCUGCUCUGACUUUUGGAUUGGAUUUACAUUCUGGACCUACAUUUCACCUAGUUUUCACAUGAUGCACGCAGUUGCUGUACUUAUCGUAAAUAUGCUUUAAAAUCGGCAAGACUCUGUCGGUUAUAUAUAAAGAUAACGAUGAGUGGAGGAUUAGCACCCAGCAAAAGCACGGUUUAUGUGUCCAACAUCCCAUUCUCAUUGACAAACAACGAUUUGCACAAGUUAUGCACUAAAUAUGGAAAAGUGGUCAAGGUGACUGUUGUCAAAGACAAGCAGACACGUUUGAGUAAAGGAGUAGCGUUUGUGCUGUUUCUGGACCGAGAGUCUGCUCAUAAUUGUGUCCGUGCAUUGAACAACAAACAGUUGUUUGGAAGAACAGUGAAAGCCAACAUUGCCGUUGACAAUGGCAGAGCUGCAGAAUUCAUCAGGAAGAGAAACUACACAGAUAAAUCAAAGUGUUAUGAAUGUGGAGAAGUAGGGCACUUAAGUUAUGCUUGCCCAAAGAAUUUACUCGGAGAGCGAGAACCUCCACCUAAAAAAGAAAAGAAAAAGAAGAAAAAGCCCCAGCAGCAGCCCGAGGAAGUAGAACCUGAGGACAGUGAUGAUGAGGGAGAGGAUCCAGCACUGGACAGUUUAGGUCAGGCAAUAGCUUUCCAGCAAGCUCGCAUUGAGGAUGAGGAGAGGAGGCGGCGACAGGUCACAGAGGCGGCGUCUGAAGCAUCGACAUCAGCGGACAGUGACAACCACAAGCUAAGGAUCAAAAAGAGCACCUACUUCAGUGACGAGGAGGAGCUGAGCGACUGACUUGUACCUAUAUGUUCUCAAAACACAUUUUCUCUUCUCAGCCCUUUUUUUACCCAUUAAGGAGAUUUUUUUUUAUUUUAACUGUGUGUUUUGUUGAAAUAAACAUUGCCAUUCAGGGCGAAAGAAAGCUGUAGUUAUAUUGACCCGAGAUGGUGAUUGUCAAUACUCCUCAUUCAGAUAUACAGACCUGUUGUAAAAUGUAUUAUUUUUUAUCUUGUAAAUAAAGCAUAGAUUCCUAAGUUUCAGCAUUCUUGUUAUAGUAUCUCGAAAAUGUUAAACCUUUUUUUUUUACACAGCAUCCUGUCAUUGGUUCCUCAGCUUUGGCAUUGAAUAAAGGCAUUUGUUUGACCCACUAAA